AUGGCUCUGCAAUUUCGUGGGGAGUUGGCGAUCAUCAGGGAACUUCUGGGUAGUGCAACAGGCGCAACAGGCAGCAAAUUCCUCCAUCAAGUUCAUCAAAUGCACAUAGACGCUCUGCGGAGGCUUCGUACUUUUCACAGGAUCUACUAUCAUCUCACAUUCCUCCAGAUGAUCUCAAGUUUCCUCCUUAUUUGCCUGACAACCUUCAUGAUUCGUUUUCACGAUGUACAGGUGUGGGCGUACGCUGUACUCCUCUGUGGGCUAAUGCAGAUUUUCUUUCUCUGCCUCAUUGGGGAUAUUUUGUUUGAGAAGGCCAGUUUAAUCAGCACAGCACUGUAUUUGACUAAAUGGUACGAAAUGAAAUUGGAGGAUCAAGGAAGACUCCUCAUUAUGAUUGCCAUGGCACAGAAGCCUUAUGGCAUAAAGGCAGCAGGACUUGUUGAUGUGUCCUUCUUUACUUUCAUUGAGAUUAUCAAACUUUCAGUGUCUUACUGCGCAAUUCUUUUCACAUUAGUUUGA